CUUUUGACUACUUUGACUUUCCGUAGACUACAAAUCGUUCCCAUAGCGACCAUCUAGGCGGAGGAGACUACUGAAGGGUUUUAUGACGAUACCAGAUCGACAUGUCCUUCAGAGACCUAAGAAAUUUCACAGAAAUGAUGAGGGCUUUGGGCUAUCCUCGCUUGAUAUCUAUGGAAAACUUCAGAACACCAAACUUCACCCUUGUAGCAGAAAUCCUAAUAUGGCUUAUAAAGAGAUAUGAACCUAACAUUGAUAUUCCCACCGAUGUGGAGACAGAGGCUGACAGGAUAUUCUUCAUUAAGGCCGUAGUUCUGUUCAUGGGGAGCAAGGCACACAUCAAGCUAAACACCAAGCACCUCUACCAGGCUGAAGGUUAUGCAGUGAAAGAGAUGCUGAAGAUUACGUCAGUGCUGUACAAUUCUAUGAAAACCAAGCAGAUGGCUACCGAGGAUGUUGUGAAGGAAGAUAAAAACAAUUUCAAAUUUGACCUAAGUUCAAGGAUUUCUGAUCUUAAAGCGGCUCGUCAGCUGGCAUCUGAAAUCACAUCCAAAGGAGCGUCGCUGUAUGAUUUAUUGGGAAAAGAGGCAGAGCUCAGGGAAAUGAGAACUGCUGCCAUUGCUCGACCUCUUGAGAUCAAUGAGAUUGAAAAGGCACUGAGAGCUGCCAUUAAGGAAACUCUAGUGAGUGUGGAGAAGACCAAAGAGAUGCGAAGUAAUGUCGUCUCAGAUGAGACCAGCCUGGACUCUAAGUUAAAGAAGAAGAAACAGGACCUGGAGAGGCAUCAGAAGAGGCUGCAGACGUUGCAAAGUGUCAGGCCAGCCUUCAUGGAUGAAUAUGAAAAGAUAGAAGAAGAGCUGCAGAAACAAUAUGAAGUAUUUGUGGAGAAGUUCCGAAACCUCACCUUCCUGGAGUCACAACUGAAUGAGUAUCACAGGCUGGAGCAGGAAAGGUUUGAGGAAAAUGAAAACACCCUGAGGAUAAUGCAACACAAAAUAAGGGAGGAGGAGAGAGAUCUGAUGAAGAGCUCAUUAAAAGACUCUGACUCUGAUUUGGACGUUCUAGAGGAUGAAGGGUCAGACAGCGACCUUGAAGAAUCUCGUCCAUCUAAGCCACGACCAACAAGAACCAGCCUCAUGGGAGGGAGAGGAGCACGUUUCAUUGGUAACAUGCUGGCCGGCGACAGCGAUGAGACUGAUGACGGCGAGAUUGAUGUCGAUGAGGAUGAUGAGGAAGAUGAGGAUGAUGAAGAAGAUGAGAGCAGGGAGCUGGAGGACGACAGCUUAGAUGUCCCGUUGCAGAGGAGUAACCGUCUGUCUAGAGGGGGAGUGAAACCACCUCUGCUGGAAGAAAGUGAUGAUGGCUUUUGAGUUAGGAGCAUCAGCUCUGAACUUUUUAAAAUUUGGAGUUAUAGAUGGAGAUAAGUUGUGUUAUGUUCUUGAAAUAAUAAUGCCACACUAGGAAUUUUACCUGCAGCUACAGCUCUUGUUCUUUUAUAUUUAUAUAAACUGCUGACAAAAAUAAAAGUCUGAAAUGUUUGUUAAAAAAAAAGU